CUGUCGGCUGCUGAAACCCUUUCCCUAAAGCCUAUCAGCUUUCGCAAAGAGUGCUCAAUGAACUAUCAUCGCAAGACGCAAGACUAAUGUAAAGGUAAAUGUUUUCCUGUUUUUAGGAACUACCUUCCUAUGAAUCGCAUGCUCCGUUUCAUCAACCGUCAAGCCGCGGCACUAAAGGAAGUUGACCCGAACCACUUGGUGACGGUGGGGUCCUGGUCAGAGAAAGGACAGGGAAUCCGUAACCUGUACACGGACGACUGCCUGCGGAAAGCCGGGGACUACUCCUACCGUUCCGGCGUGCUGGACUUCUACCAGAUCCACACCUACUCCAAGAGCGGGAGCUACGGCAGCCAGGCACCUUUCCGUGUGACCCACGCCAGGGACUACACGGAUCUUAGUGGCAGGCCGAUCGUCAUUGGGGAGUUCAGCCAGACACAAGGCGGCGGCAUGGGCAUCACCGACCAGUUUAACCGUGCGUACUACUACGGGUACGGCGGCGCCUGGAGCUGGCACUACAGCGGUGGUGGCGACGGUUCGGACACCUCAGCAACCCAGAUGACCGGCCUUCGCUGGCUACAGAACAAGAACGACCAAAACAAGGGCGGCUGCGUCAAGAUCAACCUGAACGGCGGGACUAACAGGUGCGGUGGCGGCCAGAGAGUUGAACGGCGCCGUCUGGAACGGAAGCUCUCCUCCUCGCGCUGACUGGGACGGAGAAACUGAGUCAUCAUGUCAUCUCACGUCACAAUUCUCGCGAGAUUUCGAAAGAUCUCGUUACAAAUUGCGUCACUAUUCUCGCGAGAUGUUCAACUCGUCACAAUCACGUCACAAUUCUCGCAAGAUUUCGAAAGAUCUCGUUACAAAUUG